AGACGCGUGUCUCUUUAACACGUCGCGCGGCCGUUGGUAGAGGUGAACGCGCGCGGCUGCGUGUGACUUUGGGCUGCCUUUUGGUGCUGUUCGGGUCGUUCAGUGGUCUCUUGCCCCGCUGUCGACCUUUGAAAGCCCGGGGCGGGAGUAGGCAGCUCCGGCGUCCGCGGCGCCCAUUGGCUGCGCUCCUCGCCGCUUCCUAUUGCGCAUCGUGACCCAAACACAGCAGACAGUGCACAAGCGCGCACGCACACGCCUCGUGUUUGUACGUGCAUGCACGCACGCACGCGCGCGCGCGACACCGCAGGAGCCCAAAGUCCUCCCAGGUCCGCGGCGCUCUUAUAGACAGAUCACGCGUUGACCCGAGCCCAGGAGAACCACGCGCUGCACACGGUCGCGACCCGCGGGGCAGGAAGGAGAGCGAGGACGGCGUGUGGGAGGAAGUCACUGUCGGAAGACGUCAACGCGCGCAGCCAUGACCGAGAAACGGAUGUCGCGGUGGUAUUUCGGGGGGCUCGCGUCGUGCGGAGCGGCGUGCUGCACGCAUCCUCUGGAUCUGAUCAAGGUACACCUGCAGACCCAGCAGAAAGUGGAGAAGCGGAUGUUGGGGAUGGCCAUCCAUGUGGUUAAGAGCGACGGCGUGCUGGCCCUCUACAGUGGCCUCUCUGCCUCCCUUUGCAGACAGAUGUCCUAUUCACUCACCAGAUUUGCAAUCUACGAGACGGUUCGGGACAUGUUGGGCAGCACAGGCCAGGGCCCGAUGCCCUUUUACCAGAAGGUGCUGCUGGGGGCCUUCGGAGGUUUCACUGGUGGCUUCGUGGGCUCUCCAGCAGACAUGGUGAACGUCAGGAUGCAGAAUGACAUGAAACUACAACCAGAACUGAGGAGAAACUACAAACAUGCCAUCGAUGGAUUCUACAGAGUCUUCAGAGAAGAGGGUGUGAGGAGACUCUUUUCAGGAGCCACCAUGGCGUCCAGCAGAGGCGCGUUGGUCACUGUGGGACAGUUGGCGUGUUACGACCAGGCCAAGCAGCUGGUGCUGGGAACGGGCCUGAUGGGAGAUAACAUUCUCACGCACUUUGUCUCCAGCUCCAUUGCUGGAGGCUGUGCUACGUUCUUGUGUCAACCUCUGGAUGUCCUCAAAACAAGGCUGAUGAGCUCAAAGGGAGAGUACACGGGGGUGAGGCAUUGCUUAACAGAAACUGCCAAGCUUGGUCCGCUGGCAUUUUAUAAGGGUCUCGUCCCCGCUGGAAUCCGCUUGAUUCCUCACACCGUGCUCACCUUCAUCUUCCUCGAGCAGCUCAAGAAAUACUUCGGCAUUCGCAUCAUCUCCUGAUCACGCUGUCACGAGCCCCCCCCCGCCCCCCCCGCAACAACCCCGUCAUCGCUCGACUCCGGGCUUUAGGAGGCUAGAAACGGCGCCAUGUACAGAUUAUUUUGGACUUGUGCAUGUUUUUCUCUUUUUGCUCUUCUUCCAUCUCACAGCCAGCGAAAUCAAUCGGCUUAGAAUCAAAAUGAUGUUGUGAAAGAAGAUGCUAAAUAUAAAAAGGUGUCUUACAGUGACCUAAAGGGCUUGGAGAGAAGAUUAAAAUGAGAUCUGAUGAAUAUCAAGUGGCGUUAGUUCAAUACAAAUGAGUAUUAAUUUGAAACGAAUUGCUAAUCUGAUUUGGCUAUUUAUGUAAUCUGAGUCUCUACUUGUCCAGUUCACUGUACAAAACACAAACUAAACCAUUGCAGCCUUUGAAUCUGUGCCUAUAUAUAAUGUCCCCAAAAGCCAUUACUAAAAUGUGACUUAACAAAUGUCGUUACGUAGUAAUCAUUUAACAGCGAUGAGCCCAUGUGAUGCGUCCAGAAUGGUUAAUUGUUUUUGUUUUUUCUUCAUUGAAUUCAUGUUUUAUAACUUGAUCAACUAGCAGGUUAAAUGUUAUAAUGACCCAUACCUCAUUCCGAUUGCUCUAAGUGUUACACGCUUAAAUCUUCUGGAGAAGAGGACCAAGUUUGUUUUGUCUUGUAGGAGCGAGUUUUUGUGGGAAAACUGUGCCUCAGACUGGUGGUGGGUUUGGUGGAAUCACUUUGUUUUUCAGUCCCAAUUUCAUUCUAUAAGACCACUUAAACUCCUUUUAGUUCUGUUUAAUAAUACUGAUGCCUGUAGACUGUACAAGAGCAUGUGGUGUUACUGUCUCCUUCAGCCAGACUUCAUGACUCAGGAUGCUACUCGGUUUUGUAAGAUUCCCUUUGACUAACACUGGCUAACCACAUGGGAAACAUGCUCUGAAAGGAAAAAACGUUUUGACUUUGUAAUGUCAGCGGCACCAAGGUGUAAUGUUUCUGACAUUUGCGUCCCAGUUGUUGUGGGGUAAGUGUGGUCCGAUGCAGACUCUGUAGUGUAUCUGCUCUGUGACAGAGUCCUGCUGCCUGACCAAUGGGAGUCCUCCAGGUGGCAGCAUGUGACUGAACAAUAGUCUGCACCUUCAUCUAAGGAUGCACGAGGGGGGAAAAAGAACAAAGGAGAGCCACAAACUCUGAGCAACCUUUUGUGAUAUGAACCUGCGUGUUGUAAUGCUCACGCACCCCUCAAACCCCCCCAGGUGCUGUAGAUCAGUGACUCCUGUGGACCUGGCAUUAUUCACUCAUGUAACUGGAAGUACGCACCGUUCUGGGUGUUUUGAAUUUAUAUUUUGCAACUACUAACUGUUGAUUUUGGAAUUAAAAUACUAAUGAAAAACAUGGUUUC